AUGAUGGGUGUCAAACGCUUACCGUCUUAUCGUGAUUAUUGGUCCUCGAAUCCUCAGUUGAAUGAUGCUUACAUAAGUUCGACCAUGCCGGUCAAGAGAUUCUCUUUCUUGCUCGGUAAUUUACAUUUGAAUGAUCGAAAUAAAGAACCUAAGAAAGGAGACGCUAAUUUUGACAAAUUAUACAAAAUAAGACCGUUCAUCGAAAAAAUAUCUGAAACUUAUCUGCAUCAUUAUGAUCCAACUAAAGAGCAAUUUAUAGAUGAGAGCAUGGUAAAAUUCAAAGGUAGAAAUACCAUGAAACAAUACAUGCCUCAGAAACCCAUUAAACGAGGAUAUAAGGUGUGGGUGAGAUCAGACAUGAAUGGUUAUGUAUGUGAAUUUCAAAUGUACACAGGAAAAAUUGGUAAUGCUGCUGAAAAAAAUUUACUGGAAAGAGUUAUCAAGGAUUUAUCUCAAACACUGAUAAAAUAUUCGUAA